GUUAGUCGGGGAGUCAUCCCGUCCACGCUGACCGGGCCUUGGUGGUCGUUACGUGGAGGACGUGGGCUGGGGACAGUGGCAGGCCCAGGGGUGGGGGCAUGGCCAUGGGGGGGCCGCAUCCCGUCCUCCACCCUGCACCGGGACAGGCGCUGGGGCUGGGGGACCUGGGGCGGGGGAGGGCCGUCCAGGGGAGCGUCCAGACUGUCCGAGCUCAGGCCGUGGCUGAGCAUGGGGGGGGCCGGGGCGGCAGGAGGUGGGGGCGCAGGUAGUAGUAGCAGUAGUCCAGACGGGGUGGAGAAAGGAGGGGGGGGCAGGGUGAGGUGUUCCCGCAGACUCUGUGUUCUCCUGGGGUCGCUGGUCCUCGUCUUUCUCACCUCGCUCUUCUUCUCGGUGUCGCUCCGAGGGGGGGUCGGUUUUAACUACCUGGAGCCCCCCGGGUGGGAGGAGUCAAGGCGGGUGAAGCUGGUGCCCAGCUACGUGGGGGCCCACCGCCUGUCUCCACCCGACACCCAGCAGCAGAAGACGUGUGCCUGCCCCCGCUGUGUCGGAGACCCCGGGGUCUCUGAUUGGUUCGAUGAGAACUACGACCCCGACAUCUCACCUGUUUGGACCAGAGACAACAUCCAGCUGUCCUCAGAUGUCUACUACUGGUGGGUGAUGUUACAGCCCCAGUUUAAACCCCACAGUAUCCAGCAGGUGUUGCUGAGACUGUUCCAGGUGAUUCCCGGAAGAUCGCCGUAUGGAUCAUGGGAUCCGAGCCGCUGUCUGCGCUGCGCCGUGGUGGGCAACUCCGGAAACCUCCGCGGGGCCGGAUAUGGCGCCGCCAUCGACGGACACAACUACAUCAUGAGGAUAAACUUGGCCCCUACGGUGGGCUACGAGGACGACGCUGGCAGCCACACCACACACCACUUCAUGUACCCAGAAAGCGCCAAGAACCUGGCGGCCAACGUCAGCUUCGUCCUGGUUCCUUUCAAAACCCUGGACCUGGUGUGGAUCACCAGCGCUCUGUCCACGGGCCAGAUUAGAUUUACUUAUGCUCCAGUGAAGCAGUUCCUGCGAGUAGAUAAAGACAAGGUUCAGAUCUUCAACCCAGCAUUCUUUAAAUACAUCCAUGACCAUUGGACCAGACAUCAUGGGCGUUACCCGUCCACUGGCAUGCUGGUGCUGUUCUUCGCUCUGCACGUCUGUGAUGAGGUGAAUGUGUUCGGUUUCGGCGCAGACAGCCGAGGGAACUGGCAUCACUACUGGGAGCAGAACCGCUACUCUGGAGAGUUCAGGAAGACCGGCGUGCAUGAUGCCGACUACGAAGCCCAGAUUAUUCAGAGACUGGCGAAGGCUGGUAAAAUCACUGUGUUCCCUGGGAAAUAACCGACACAUCAGAGCAUGUGUUUGACAGCAGGUGGUUGAAGAUGUUCUGUUUGAUUUGGAGUUGAAACAAACACAAAAUGGCUCUUUACGUGAAGUGGAAACAGUGUCAUUCUAUUAACCUUAACUCGGAUGGGAACGCUGGACUUGAACCUGAGGACCCAGGAUCACAUACCUUUGAUCCAGCUGAGAUAGAUGACGUAGAAGUAGGAGGAGCCUCAAACUGAGACAAAUAAAUAAUGGGCUCUUAGUUGUUUUCAGGACUUCGCCUCUAAUGGGCAGAACCACGACUGAAGAUAAGACUGCUGAUCUUCAACUCAGGAGUGAAAACAAGAUAGAGCUGGAGGAAAAACAUUAAUAACCCCCCCCCCCCCCCCCCCCCCCCCCACACACACACACACACACACACACACACACACACACUUCUGGACUCUGACAUCAGUGCUCACAGCGGAUGACUAAUCCUCAUCUAUUUACUCAAAUCCAGCGUCCACGGUACUGAUGAAACCAUGAGAACAUCCCUGUUGGCGACCCAAAGGCCCACGCACCGGCUAACUGAAUGCAUUGUGACAUGCGGACUGAAACCUUGGACUUAGUUUCCAGAUUUCAGAGAAAACCCUGAGGCGUCGCUUUCCCUGAGAGAAAAUCUUUUCUUUUUGUGGCAAAGCACACACUGUCACAUUUGGCUCCACUUUAUAGGAGCUCUGCCUCGCAGGACAGUCUUGCUGGGACCUUGUCUGGCUGUGAUGGGUUGUAAACGGCCGCUUAUGAGAGACCAGAGGUGAUUGCUGUGUGUUUAAUAUGGUAUGACUGUCCUCUAAACCCCCCCAGGACCUCAGUGAGGUGAGGCGUUAACACCACUGAAACACAAUGGAGACUUUUCUUUUCUGCCUUUUUAUUCGUUCUGACUCCGAUAUGUCACCGCGGUAGCAGUAGCAUGAGCUUCAGCUUCUGUAGAGCCUGGCUCCAAACACCACAGAGAACGCGGCGUGGUCGGUUUGACCGCACAAAACUUUAAUGAGGCCAUCUCUUGGGAUUUGACAUGUUUGGAUAGGAUGGAGGCAUGCUGCUUUCUGGACUCGUAGUUUAAUCCCCAUGUGGUCUGACAGGGUCUCAUUUAGGAGAGGCUCGGAGAGAAGGAGCUGCAAAGCCACUAGGAGAAACGCAUCAUUAGCUUGUGUUUGUGGACAGUGAGAGGAAAAAAAGGAGCAGGUUUAGUCGAGUUCAGAUGUAGAAGGGUUUUUUUUUUUAAGGGACAUCAAACUCCCAGCCUGACCCUGAAGUCCCAUCAGACCAAUCACUGCUCGUAUGAUGGGGUUGAAGGAAAACAGGGAACCGCCACUGGAUCUGUCAGCAGCUCGUCAUCAUUAACCACUCAUCAAGGGAAGGGGAGGAGCCACCAGACGCCUUAGCCUUCACUUCCUGUUCAGAUUUUAACGAUAAUUGCACACACACACCUCCACCUUCCAUUCAGACUGCAGAUUUAAUUAGUUUCAUAUAUUGUGUUGCUUUCUGUUUACACUCCGCUCAGAUUUAUAGUUUUGGCUCGGAUUUUAUUUCCCACCCGGGUGGCACAAAAGUAAAUGUAGUAGCGUAUUUACAUAUUUACAGGCGCACUGGUAUCAGCAUUGGAUACAAAGAGCUGUGUUAACCCUUUAACCCCUGAGCCCUGAUUCCAGGUAAAGGUGCUGCUGUGAGUCUGCGUCUGUUUCAGGUUCAUUAAAGCUGCUGUGAGUAUGUGC